AAAUUCGCUGGAUCAACGUUCCAGCUGCCCAACCACGUCGAACGAACCGAGGACGACCACAGUGCCGGGUCCGACGAGGCUGACAGUACCUCGCCCAUCUCACCAUUCAACCCCGACUCUCCUUGCUAUGGAUCAAUUCUGCCCCUGGAAUGGAUCCAGAAAUACAGAGAACUGCUGCCGUCUGUAUUUAUUGCCGUGCACGAAGUGGACGCGGAGUCGGACGAAAACGACAAAACACUAGCGCUGGAGCUCAACGAUACCCGUGAGAAGCUGGCCAAGCACGGGAUCAAGUUUGUCUGUCUGCUGCUCUGUUCGUCUCCCAGCACCCCGGAGCUGGAGGAAAGAGUAGCCACUCUGCGCAAAACAACGAGUCUGCCCUCGAAGACGGGCAUUCUUGUGCUCCCGGCAGGCAGCCAGAAGGAGCUGGAGUCAUUUGCUGGCGUGCUAAUGGCACUGAUCCGGCCGUGGUGCAUAGAAUAUUACGCUUCGCAGGAAAAAAAGGUGAAGAGGCAGCAGCUCAUGGACGCCUCAUACGACGAAAAAUUCUGGCUGGCGAGACAGGCGCUGAAAAGUGCUGUUCUAGGCGAGCUGAAAGGCGUCACCGAACAGAGCACGAAAUUGAUGGAAUACUCCUACGAGAAGCUCAUCGACGUGAUACGCAGCAUAAGUCUUGAUACACAGCCAGAAAGAUGGCAGGAAUGUCGCUUGUUGCUGGAUUUUGCCGGAAUACACAUAACACGCGGGUAUCUCGUGCUGGAAAAUGCCAAUAUGGCGUACAAGAAGUUUGACAUCCAUCUGCAGAACAUUCUAUCUGUGCUUCCGCCACGCUCUUUGAAAUCGUAUCCCGUGAUUUCCUGGAUCGCUCUGCAGUUGACCUGGCUCGCGCAACUGGUCGAAAAGUGUCCCGAGUCGAUCGUCCCUAUCGAGCGGCCGUUCCAGCAGCACUCGUCGCCCAAAUGGUUUGGCAAUGCUGCCGACGGACUUCCCAUGCCACACGGUGGAUACAUAUACUUGCAGGCGUGCUCUUUGGUCCACCGACGCGAGAUCCAGGCAGCCAGCGGCGUCGACAUCUACGACACAUACAUGGCUUUGAGUCCAGACGAGGAAAAGCAGUUUGAUUACCAUGGGACACGCGUCCGCCUGCUGUCGCACGCUCUGGAGCUGUUCACGAAAGCGAAAAAGACAAAGUUUAACAGGAGCGAGUCGUACGUUUACUUCCAGCUGGGAGAGGAAUAUUUUGGUAUGGACAACUAUUCGAUGGCCGCAAAUAACUUUCUGGUGGCUCUUUCUGUGUUCAAGAAUGAAAAAUGGAACCAGAUCGUGGCUGCUAUUUUGUUCAGGCUGUUCCAAUGCUGUGUGAAGCUGGGAAAUAAUAGGGACGCACAGGUUCACCGGCUGCAGCUUUGCACGCUCGAAGACCGGUUUGUGGCCCAGUUCAGAGACGAGCUUGCGCAGGAAGUGCCGAUCGACGAGCCUCUUGUGCUGAAGGAGCCGCUGUUUGAGAGUCACGUGGUUUUCAAACACCGGUCGGUCUCGCUCCACGAAAAAGUGCAUUUCCAGCUGUAUCUGCGCCCGCUGGUGAACAGUUUGGUGUCGGAGCUCAUCGUAGAGCGCGUGGAUAUUGCAUUUGCUGGAGACGAGUUCCAGAUUGUCGUCGAGAACGACGCUUUGCCGAGCACGCCGUUCAAUAUUGUCCAGGACGGCCGUGCAAACCUUGACUUCUCUGACAGACAGGCCAAAGUGCUGCAAUUCGAGCUUCACCCGGAAAAAAUCGGCAAGUUCACGGUAGACGGCGUGCGCUUAGUGUUGCGUUCUGGCGCCCUUUCGUUUGAGAACCAGCUGGUGUCAGUGUGCGAAUCGCGAGACCGACUGAAAUGGUACAGGGCGUCCUCCUCUGGACUCAACAAGCCAUUCGAGUACGAUAUUGUCAAUGGAAUGCAGAACGGGUUCGAGGUGAUUCCAAAGCCACCCGAGGUUGAUUUCCGCGUCAGCCACGCCAGCAUCGCUUACAAGGGAGAAAAAGUGCCAAUCACAGUCCACGUCGGCAAUCUCGACGAAAAUACUUUUGGUCUGCGACUUCAUGCCACCGGGAAACUCGCCGCAACGUCUCUAAGGGUUACGUGGGGCGACGAAGCAGCGCACAGCACUAAUUACCGUGUUCCUGAGCCUCUGAGGCCACAGGAAUCCACAGACGUCGAAUUGUUUGCGUAUCUUCCGCUGGCAGAAACAGAUGGUGACACGGUGAAAAUCGACCUUCAAAUCGACUAUCUCAUCGACAAUAACGACAACACCGUAGUCCGCAAAACCAAGCCUCUGCAGAUCCCGGUCGUCGACUUGUUUAAGACGAGUUUCAAGAUCUAUCCGUCUCUGGCGUCGCACAUUCCGUCGCUGUUCGACGUGAGCGCGGCAGAUGUCGUUGCUGUGCCGUCACAUGACCGCUGCUGGCGCUCGAAGCUGGGAAUCGAGAACGUUUCUGCCGAGGACGUGGCCAUUUCCAACGUUUGCGUGGAGAUCAACAAAACGACGCCGGAAACUGUCAUGGAGACGACGUUCACAGACAUCCCUGUCUCGCAGCUGAGUGCAAAAAGCAUUGGCGACGGCUGGUUCGAGUUCCGGUGCCGGUGCGCAGACGGUGUGUUCAAACGGUCGAUGGCGCUCGAGCUGUAUCUGUCUUUUGAUUACGUCUUGCUUGGACGGCCGCAAAGUUUGACAAACCAGUACAAAGUGCUCCUUUGGAAAGGCACGCUGCCACACAUGGACCCACGCGCGCUGGUAAGCGUCGACGACGCCGAGGACGCGCUCCAUGUGACGUACGUCAUCGAAAACCCGACGUCGCGCAUUUUCCAGUUCAGCACGACGCUGUCGACGAGCGAGAACUUCAAAAUCCGAAAUUACAGAAACCAGCACAACUUCUCGGUGCUGCCGUUCAUGAAACAGGUCAUGCGACUGCAGUACGAGCAGCUGGCCGGCGAGGAGUGGACCAAGUUACCUGAGUUCCGCAUCUACGAUCUGAACUACAAGAUCUACCUGAACGCGCAGCCAACAAGUGAGCGGCUGCAGGCGCGCACCGACGGUCUGUAUGUGCGCAAGUAAUAUACGGGAAAUAGACUCGCAAAUGCAUUAAGU